UCAAUUGUCAAAUCACGGUCUAAUACGUCAGAUGUUAAUUUACUAAAAUAAUAAUAUUUAUUCAAAUUACUGGAUGUGUAAUUUUUAAGGAGUUUAAUCAGUUUACUACUCUUAAUGUUUUAUUAAGACGCUAUUAAAUAAUGUUUUUUUUGCUCAUAUGUCUUGAAUAAUAGUGCUAAAAUGUCUGGAGGAAACGAAUUUUCUAUUUUUCAAAAAAAUAAUACUGACCAAAUACUUUCGACUUCAGAUGAAAAUAUAUCCAAUUCCAAAAUGAAUGAUGUCGAAAAUAGUGUUGAUGAAGCACUUGAUAAACUUGUUGAGAACAUUUUUCAUUUUGCUUUAAAACCCAAUUUUGAUAAGGAGUACGAUACUUCAAUUAUUUACUUACCAGAUUUAACCGAAAUAUUAAAAAAUAAUGUUGCAAAUGAAUCAAAAUUGGUCAUGCUUGAACAGGCUAUUUUUGAAAGAAUAUUAUUACCUGAUCCAGAGUCAUUUUUAUUAAAGAAAAAGCGCGAUGUUUCUGUGAAUGUACACACUGUUCAAAAGGAGUGUAUAAUUUAUUUAUUUAAAUGCUUUUUGGAAUUACAAUUUGCCAAGCAAGAAAAUCGGUAUCCAUCUAUUGAAAAAAGUAUUUAUACAAAAAUUAGCGGUUUUAUUUCUAAUAAUGUAUCUACAGCUCUUAAACAACCAGAUCUUCAUGGUUUGCAAGAUAUACAUUCACAGAUUUUAGGGAUUUUUCAUAAUAACAUGGCAUCAUUUGAAGACUAUACAAACUUCUUUACUUCUGUGAAUCAUUGUAUUAUAUUGGAUGAAGAUGAUAAAGAAGCGCAGUUAAAAUCAGCAUACCAACCAGUUUUGGAUAAAAUUAAGGAAAACAUAAAAAAAUCUACUAUUAUAUUUCUACCAAAUUGUGAAUUGGCAGUUUUACAAGUAUUUUCUUCUUUAACACUAUUAGCUCAAGUAUUGAUUGACCACUGUUAUGUGCCUAAUGAAGCUAGUGGUUAUCAUUAUACAGACACAAUUCUUGGCUCUCUUUUUUCUUUAUCUGUUUUACCAAAGUCAGCAGGAGUACAAUUUGAAUUUUUUCAAAAACCUAUGGAAGAGUUAUCUGGUCCAUUAGAGGGAAAUAUAUGGAAUGGUAUGGAGACACUGCAUCAACAAAUACAUAAAAUAUGUUUAAAUCUGUUGAAAGCUGGCCCUCAAGUUAAACAUAAAACAUUGUCAUGGUUUGGAAAUUGUUUGGAAAAAAACUCGGGUCGCUGUAAAUUGUGGAAUGUUGAAACGUCAAUGUUAGAAUUUAUCUCUGAUGGUUUUGCUAUAAAUUUGAGUGCUGUUCUUCUAAGACUUUGUCAGCCUUUUAUAUCCAACAAAAACAACACAAAGUUGUUAAAAAUUGACCCAACUUACUGUGCAGCCAAAGUCCAAAAUUACGAUGAAAGUCAAGAACGUGGAAUACAUUUUUUUAAACUUAAUGAAAGCACUAUGUUAUUACCUACAGACUCUGAAGACUCAAACCAAAUUGAAAAAAGACCCGUGGCUAAAGGACAAUUUAAUUUUAUAACUGAAUGUUUUUUUAUGACACAUAAAUCAUUAGAAAUAGGGUUUGCUCAAAUACAAGAAAAAAUGACUAAUAUUAAUCAAGAACUUGCAAGAAUGCAACAAACAUUCGUAGAUGCUCAACAGUCUGGAUCUGCAACCUCAGAAGUAAUGAAGCUUAUCAAUGAUCGAAUGGAAACUGAAAUGACUAAAUAUUUAUCUAUGAAAGCUGCUCUUCUAGAACCAUCAACUUUACAUCUUCUAAGUCAAUUUCAGAAAGCAACAUGUGUAUGGCUUGUUCAAGUUGUUUGCGACGUAGAUAAAGAUUUUCAAUCAAAUAAUUUGCAAUCUUAUUGUCCAGAAAAAUUCAGAACUAUUGAGUUUCCGUUAACUAACAUUGUUCCUCCUACUUUGAAAUGCAUUCCCGAGUUUGUAAUGGAAAAUAUUUGGCGCUACUUAAUGUUGGUACGUCGUUUUCAUUCACGCUCAUUGGAGGAACCUGGUUUUGAACUAGUCAGUGAACUUUUAAAUGCUAUACUAGUGUUUAUGAUAUCUAAUACUAGGGUUAGAAAUCCACAUUUAAGAGCCCGCUUAGCUGAAUGUUUAGACUGUUUACUACCUCAUUCAGAUGAAGAUACUGCUGUUACAAACUCAAUAGGAUCAUUUUACAGACAAAACUUAUUUUUAAAUCAUCCUCAUCGUAAACAAAUUGUCUAUGCAUUAUUGGAUGUAUUUGUUGGUAUUGAAAUGACUGGACAAAGUGUGGAAUUUGAACAGAAAUUUAACUAUCGUCGACCAAUGUACAUUGUUAUGGAUUAUUUAUGGAAAUUAAAAGAACAUAGAGAAGUUUUUAAGUCGCUAGCUCGUGAUGCAGAAAAUAACAUGGAAGCUACAAACCCUCCAUUAUUUUUGAGAUUCAUUAAUUUGUUAUUGAAUGAUGCUGUAUUUUUAUUAGAUGAGGCUCUGACCAAUAUGGCUCUUUUGAAACAAAUGCAAACUGCACUUGAUUCAGGUGAAUGGAAUCAAUUGUCACAAAGAGAAAGACACCAAAAUAUGGCCCAUUUUCAACAUAUUGGAAUGAUUGCUAGGUUUGAUAAUAUACUUGGGAAUGAGACCAUAAAUGCAUUAAAAUACUUAACUUCAGAAAUUAAGUCAAUAUUUUGUCACCCAACAAUGGUUGAUAGAGUAGCAGCUAUGUUGAACUAUUUUUUGUGUCAUUUAGUUGGUCCUAAGAAAAAAAACUUUAAAGUGAAAGACAUGAAAGAGUACAAAUUUGAACCAGCAGAAAUAGUUUUGAAUAUUUGUACAAUGUAUAUAAACUUAGGAGAAAGUGAAUAUGGUGAAGAAUUUUGUUUAGCUAUUUCUAAAGAUGGCCGAUCAUAUAACCUUAAUCUAUUCAAACAAGCCGAGGAUGUUUUAGCAAGAAUUGGAGGAACAUCUCUUAUUUCUGGAAUGGCCAACAUUGCAACUAAAGUUUCAAAGCAUGCUAUUCAACAAAGCAAUGACGAUGAGUUAUUAUUGUCUGAAGUUCCUGACAACUUUUUAGACCCAAUAAUGUCAACGCUUAUGACAGACCCCGUCAUUUUACCAUCCAGUAAAGUGAAUGUAGACAGAUCAACGAUUUUAAGACACUUUUUAAAUGAACAAACUGAUCCCUUUACUCGGUCUCCACUAACUAUGAAUAUGGUUCAGUCAAAUGUUGAAUUAAAAAAUCAAAUUGAUGAUUGGAUAAAAGCUAAAAGAGCUCAAGAAUAAAAAUAAGCUUGUCAUCAAUAAAAAAAAUGUAAAAAAAUAAUGUAUUUCUACAAGUUUAUAUUUGUUUUAUUUAUAUGCUUAAGUAUAUAUAUAUAUAUAUUUGUUAUUACUAUUACUUUCUUAUUAGUUAUUAUUCAAUGGAUGUGGAAAAGAUUGUUUAAUUUUGAUUUACAAAUUAUUACCAAUUAUGAGAAAAUGAACUGCAUUGUAAAUGUAUUGCAUUUUUGGUGUUUAUAGUAAUAAUAAAAUAUUUAAAAAAAAAACCUUUAUCACAUAAAUAUAUACGCAUAUUUUGGUAGCAAUUCAAUAUAACCCCCAACGCUCACAAAAGACUGAAAACAUAUUCCAAGUCAGUUGUGAGCGCUGAUAAUGAGAUAGUAUUGCUACUAAAAUACGCUAGUGCAUUAUUUAUUGAGGUUAAGGGUUUUAUCUUAUUAUUUCAUUAUUUUUAUAUGUAGCCACAAGUGUUGCUUGACUCUUCAGUGCCCACUGUAGCAAAAAUGCUACAUAUUAAUUACAUCAUUUUAUUUUGUAAGUAAAAUACAAUUAAUUUAAGUUGCGUCCUGUAGUUAUUAAUGACAUUUUUACAUAAAGGAUGUAAUUAGGUCAUAUUUAUAGAUAUAGAUACUUUUAUCCCAAAAUCUUAGUAACUUAAUCUAUAUAAAACAUUUACAAAAUUGGGCAUUGAAAGGUUAAGUUUUUUUUAGGUUAUAGUGUGUGUGCUAAUGUGUUUUUAAUAUUUAUUUAUAUGUUUAGUUAUAAUU